AUGGAACAACAAAACACGACCAACAGUCCUCUUAGGGAUCUAGACGAGUUCUAUGCAGAUGAACGCAGUCAUUUCAUACCUUUGUGUUCGCUGGUGACUUCCACUAGUAUUUGUAUUUCGUCGAUUGUGAGAAUAGAUGCGUUGCAAGGCAAGGUUUUUGAACUUGAGGAGAGGGGUCACCUUUUGGAAAAGGGGAAUGCUGCUGGGAAGUUGAAGUCUCCGGGCUAG